AUGUGUGUUGUUUCUGAUAGGAAUCCAAGCAUCAUAAAAGCUGUUAGCGAUGUGUACAACGAUGUUUCACAUUAUGCAUGUUGUACCAGCCACAAAAUAUAUAUACCAUGUGCACAUGCUUGUGCGGUGUUGGAGAAGAAGAAUUUUGAGAAGGGGCCAUACUGCUGUGAUUUGUUUAAACCAAAAACUGUUUUGAAGACAUAUGAUGUUCCCAUCUACCCGUUGCCACACAAAGAUGACUGGCUAAUUUCAGAGAGCGUACUUGAUGAAAUAGUACUGCCUCCAAAUUUCAAAAGACCUUCAGGAAGACCUGCAGAGAAGGAUCGUGGAAAAUCAGGCCGGAAUAUGUUUGGAAAGAAGAACAUCAACUCAUGCGGUGCUUGUGUGGCUAAGGGUCACAAUAGGCGUUCUUGUAGGAAAUAUCAAAAAUGA